CGUGUUAGCAUUUUCUCUUUAUUUUGAGUGAUAUCGAGAACGGACUCACUAUUUUGCUUAAAAUAAUUUUAGUUCUGUUUUGCCUUUUGAUAUAUAGUUUCUUUACCCUCCAGUCAAAUUGUGUUUUUUUCUGCUGUGUGCUUAUUAGAGAGUCAACCCUGCAUCCCUUGUGCCAGAGACGCGCUAACUAGCAGGAAUACCGGGUAGCUAGCUAGCUAAUCUUGCCUCAGCGUCAGAAAAUAGUGAAAUGUUUCAAAGAGCCAUUGAGAACAAUUAGCGCACGCAUUUUGAAAGUUAUUUUAGUUUAUAAAACAUCUUGAUUUAGUGGCUACAGAUAAACGUGUUAUUCAUACCUUGAACCAUCAUGGGAGCAUAUUUGUCGCAACCCAAUACGGUGAAAUCAAAAGCCGACGGUGGACACAAAAAUAUAAGCUACGGCUUCGCUGCCAUGCAGGGCUGGCGCAUCUCCAUGGAGGAUGCUCAUAAUUGUCUUCCAGAGCUUGACGAUGAAACUGCGAUGUUUGCGGUGUAUGAUGGACAUGGAGGUGAAGAGGUUGCAUUGUAUUGCUCCAAGUAUCUACCUGACAUCAUAAAGGAACAGAAGGCGUACAAAGACGGCAAACUCCAGAAGGCCCUGGAGGAUGCCUUCCUGGCCAUUGACAGCCGCAUCACCACAGAGGAGGUGAUCAAAGAGCUAGUCCAGAUCGCUGGCCGUCCGCAGGAGGACCCGGGCAAUGAAAAGGUUGCUGAUGAAGAUGAUGUGGAUAACGAAGAGGCAGCUUUGUUGCACGAGGAAGCAACCAUGACAAUCGAGGAGCUGCUAAUCCGUUACGGACAGAACCUGAACGCCAAAAGGCCUGGCCCGGACUCAUCCAAAGAGCCAGGCGACGGAGAGAAGCUGUGUGCUGAGAAAGGCGUCAACGGAGAGACAGAGCCUGCCGAGGCCUCCCAGACUAGCAGCGAUGGAAAGGCCAAAGCAGGUGGUGCAGGGGAAGGAGCAGGAGUCUCUAAGAUGAGGGCCUGCAGGAGAGCAGCGUCCGCCAGCUCUGGAGGUGCUGGAGCAGGAGGCUCCUCUGACGGAGAGAAGGCCUCAAAGGGAGAAGGUGGCACUGGGACAACGGGCGACGCUGGACCCUCCUGCUCCUCCUCAGCGGCUCAGGGAGAAGGAAAUGCCAAAUCAAAGUUUUUUGAGGACAGCGAUGAGUCUGAGGAAGGGGAGGAUGAGGAGGAGGGCAGUGAUGAAGAGGACUGCAGCGAAGAAGAUGACGGAGAAGACAGCAGUGAAAAUGAUGAAGAGGAUGACACUGAGGAAGGUGAGGAAGAUGACACUGAUGAAGAGGAAGAGAUGUGCUUACCUGGGAUGGAUGGAAAAGAAGAGCCUGGCUCAGACAGUGGGACCACGGCGGUGGUGGCCCUUAUUCGGGGGAAGCAGCUGAUUGUAGCGAAUGCUGGAGACUCACGCUGUGUGGUGUCAGAGAGGGGCAAAGCAGUGGACAUGUCCUAUGACCAUAAACCAGAGGACGAGCUAGAGUUGGCCAGGAUAAAGAAUGCCGGGGGGAAGGUGACCAUGGAUGGGCGUGUCAACGGAGGCCUGAACCUGUCCAGAGCCAUCGGGGAUCAUUUUUACAAACGGAACAAAGCCCUGCCCCCUGAAGAACAGAUGAUCUCAGCCAUGCCUGACGUUAAAGUCCUCACUCUCAACCCAGACCAUGAGUUCAUGGUGGUGGCGUGUGAUGGAAUCUGGAAUGUCAUGAGCAGUCAGGAGGUGGUGGAUUUUGUCAGUGAGAGAAUGAAGGCAGAUGAAGGCAGUGAACCCAGGCCACUGUCCUCCAUCGUUGAAGAGCUGCUGGACCAUUGCCUGGCUCCAGACACCUCCGGAGACGGGACGGGCUGUGACAACAUGACCUGUGUCAUUGUCACGUUCUCACCGUACGCAGGUAACAGUCAGUCUGACUGCAGUAAGAAGAGAAAGCCUGAGGAGACAGUCCCAGAGAAAAACGGCAACGACAGCAAAAAGUCCAAAACCGAAUAAGACUGUCUGUGUGCCCCGGUGUCACACACCAGAUCUCUGUCGCCUUCACCAAACUCCGACACACAGAGCUCUUCAUUGGGAAGGAGUUUUAGUUUAAAAACCCCCACUGUGUAAUGAAAUGUAAACCGACAACUUUAUUGUCCUUUUUUUUCACCUCUCUGGGUUUUUGUCUUUUAUUUGUUUGUUUGUUUGUUUGUUGUUGUUUUUUUUAGCAGGCUCAUUUUGUCAUGUCCAAUGUAACGAAACUGGCCUGUGAGGACAGAGGUCUGGCUUCCUGACGAAUUCAUGUUUGAAUGCUCAUGAUUUCUGUUUGCUCCCUUAUGCUUCUCUGUAUGUACAUAGUGUUUUCUCCUACUUUUCCUUCCAUACCAGUCUAAUGAAGAUUUUUUUUUAUUGUGGAUCAAUGUGAAGUCUGCCAGUUGUUUAGACAAUAUGUAAUUACAUUCAAAUACAUUUUUUAAAAAAUAUUGUGAUCAAUGAGAUCCUGUCUACUUUAUUAAUGAACCAGCAGAUUUCUCUGAAAUGGUUUGAUGAUGGGGGCGGGGACCGGGUUUACUCCACACCACAUGAAAUCAUUCAGCGUCUGAAUUUACAUUCCUGCUCUCCCUUUGUUUGCAGCAGUGACACACAGCAUGCACUGCUCACACUGGUUGUGUUUUUGGCCAAAGCGUAGAAUAAUCACUUGCUGAUUUGUCACUUGUCUGACGGACUUGUCUCUACACCAUUAAAGCAGCAGUGUGCAGCCUAGCCUCUAAACCUGGCUGUAUGGGUCCUUUAGCUCUGGGGUAGUCAGUGCAGCUACAGGAUGGGUGUGAUCUGAGA